GAUCGGAAAAGUGAAUCGUCGUGACCAGUUAACUCAUUGGAAGUGCAAAACAUGGAUUGGAGUGAAACAUUCUGUUUUUAAACUUGAAACCAAUGGAUAAGCUGUGGUUUCGUUUGCAGCUGCAACACUGUUCGGAAUUGAUUGAAGUAGUGUUAAAUGUAACUGUUAGAGGAUAGUACGAGAAAGUGCUUAGUAAUUAAUAUAAGAAAUAUUAAUGAGUGAACAAACCACUAGUUAGUGAACCACAUUGCAACACACCAGCGGGCUAAGGAUCAUAUCAUUUCAUAAGGCACUCAGUUAAACAGUUCCAAUUUGUAAGUGAUCUAUAAUUAAGUAUUUGUCGAUCACACUGAAACAAUACGGUCAUGCUAUUAGACUAUGUUCCAAUUCUAUUGACCACUAUACUAACAGCAUGUAUCACAAGCAUCGCCGGAGAAGGCUACCAAACCAGUCUUACCUUCAACGACAUCCUCCCGGAAGAUCCCAAGCUCUACGAUAAGAUGCGUCCCCCCAAGAAGGAUGGUCAACCGACAACGGUGUUCUUCCACGUUACCGUAAUGGGCCUGGAUUCGAUCGAUGAAACGUCCAUGACCUACGCAGCGGAUAUCUUUUUCGCCCAGACCUGGAAGGAUCACCGACUACGCCUGCCGGAGAACAUGACCUCCGAGUACCGGUUGCUGGAGGUCGAAUGGUUGAAGAACAUGUGGCGACCGGAUUCGUUCUUCAAGAAUGCCAAAUCUGUCACGUUCCAAACGAUGACCAUACCCAAUCACUACAUGUGGCUGUACAAGGAUAAGACCAUUCUGUAUAUGGUGAAGCUGACGCUGCGAUUAUCCUGCGCGAUGAACUUUCUCAUUUAUCCACAUGAUACGCAGGAGUGUAAAUUGCAGAUGGAAAGUUUAUCGCAUACAACGGACGACCUGAUCUUUCAAUGGGACCUCGACGUACCACUGGUUGUUGACGAAAACAUAGAGUUGCCCCAACUGGCACUGGUAAAAAACAAUACCGCUGACUGUACACAGGUGUAUUCUACAGGGAACUUCACCUGCCUAGAAGUGAUAUUUGUCCUCAAACGACGCCUGGGAUACUAUCUUUUUCACACGUACAUUCCAACCUGUUUGAUUGUCAUCAUGUCGUGGGUCUCAUUCUGGAUUAAACCGGAAGCUGCUCCGGCCCGUGUUACUCUAGGAGUGACCUCGCUGCUAACGCUCUCCACGCAACAUGCAAAAUCUCAAGCGACAUUACCACCGGUUUCCUAUCUCAAAGCCGUAGACGCAUUCAUGUCCAUUUGCACGAUUUUCGUGUUCAUGGCCCUGAUGGAAUACUGCUUGGUUAAUAUCGUCCUCGGUGAUUCGGACCCACCGACGCCUCCUAAACCGCCUCCACCGCCACCACCGAAAAUGGAUCGAUUUUUCGAUUUUCCCGGUAAAAAUGGCAAACGUGGCAGUAAAUCGAUGGAAAACAACGAACCUCCGAUCAAUACCUUCCAAAGACAAGAAAGCACCUUGCUGCUGUCUCCCGUUCCACACAUCCAGACGAUUCCACCACCACCGAGUAAACCGGCAUCGGCCGCCCCCAAGCUGACACCAGCACAGAUUCGCCUGAGAAGGGCCAUCAACAUCGAUCGAUGCUCCCGUGUCUUAUUCCCGCUGCUGUUUACAGCGCUCAAUUGCGCCUAUUGGAUCAUGUUUUACGAGUACAUCUAAGAGAAAUCUGCUAGAGCAUUUAAAGGUUCAUAAAUAAGUAAGAAAAGUGCUUAGAAAUCACUCAAACAAGCUAAACAGAUUAGUGAGCGUCAAUUUUUCGUAGAGUGAAGUAAACUAAUAAUAGUGAUAAGGUAUACCUAUGAAUAGAAGCAAACUAAAUAGAAAAUGCAUUUCAACAAACAAAGCUGUAAAUUACUGAAACACCACGCGCCUCCAUGUAAUGAUUUCAAACUGGCAACCAGUAAACGGUUUGAUUCUAUACCGCAAAAGUCGGCAACCAAAAUAUCUUGUUAAUCUGGAUUAAAAUCUAGGGUUUCUGGACAGUUUGACAAAACCAAAAGUUUCGAUUUGAAUACUGAAACAUCCUCUUGAUCAGCAAGGUCGGAAAUCUAGUCGAAAGUAGAUAAAUUAGAGCUAUGUAUAAAGUUAUCUUCUCACAUUGUACUAUCGUUACUUGUUAAAGUAGAAUAUAAAACCAGGCUACAACAUGGCAUUUACUGUUUUGUAUGUAUAUAGUCGAUGAAUGAAUAAAACGAAUAUAUAAGGUU